CCGGGGCGGCGGGUGGCGCUGGCCGCGGCGGCUCGGGGCUCAGUGUCCUUGUGCGGAAAUGACACACGGUCCCGUCACGUCACGCGAGAGCGCAGCGCGCGGACCCUCGCACACAAAGAGCGGGGGGGAAACGCGGGCACCAACGGCGGCCGCUCCAGCCGCCCCCGCCGUCCCGGGGCUCUCGUGCCCCCGCGCGGAGCCGAGGUGAGUGCUGGCAUCCCACAGACUCCAUUGAGUGACACCUAGCAGUGACUCAGCACAAGUAUCUGUACAGUACCAGCACUAGUAGCUAUCAAUCAAGGCAGUUUAGAUGGGAAGUGAGACAGAAGAUGAAUUCAGCUGAAAUCACUGAUGAUGACGAAGUAAAAAUUCCUAGAAAAAAUGUUGUGAAAGUAGAAACAGAGAACGAAGAUGAAGCUCUAGACUGCUCGGUAACAUCCAGAUCUGCUGAGAAAUACUCACUGGAUGGCGCAGUUACUUGCCUACAAGAUUCUAACAAACGGAAACAGACCUUACUUGGUUGUGAUGGUUCAGGGAGCCAGCAAGAUGUCUUACCCAGCGUGAAGAAAAGACGCUUUACGCAAGAGGGCCCGCUUUCAAACAUGAGGAACAGAGAUACGGGCUCACCCACUCAGAUAAGUGCAGAGCAGCCAAACAAGAACAAGACUCCUAACGUAACAUGGCUCUGUGAAGAAGAAUCCUUCAGCGACAUAACCACUCCAUCUUACAAAAAACCUCUCUAUGGCAUCUCACACAAAAUCACGGAGAAGAAGAACCCAGCGGGAGCAGAGCAGUUUGCUUCUUAUGAGUUGUUUGAAAAAAUCAACCCCAGCAGUCCCUCACAUCUUCGGACUUUGAACGACCAACGCAAAAGGGACUCGGCUGCGGCCAUCGCCAUAGCGGCGGCCACCCCAGAUUCUGAUCCAAAUAUCUACUCUUUGAUACAGAAAAUGUUUUACACACUUAACACCCUCAAUACCAAUAUGACUCAGCUUCACAGUAAAGUUGACCUGUUGUCUCUGGAGGUCAGCAGAAUUAAAAAGCAAGUCAGUCCAGCGGAGUCUGUUGCAGACUUCAAGCCCCCCCCGGAGUACCAGCUGACUUCUGCGGAGCUCAAGCAGAUCAUGGAUCAAAGCACGUCAGGCGGAGACCUCGCGUGCCGGUUGCUCGUGCAGCUCUUCCCAGAGCUCUUCAGCGAGGAUGAGUUCAGCAGAAGCUGCAGUGCAUGCGGCUUUCUCAACAAAAGGAAACUUGAAUCUCUUCAUCUGCAGCUGAUCCGUAACUACGUGGAAGUUUGUUACCCUUCUGUGAAGAAUACAGCUGUGUGGCAGGUGGAGUGUUUGCCUCAAGUCAAUGAUUUUUUUAAUAGGUUUUGGGCUCAGAGGGAAAUGGAAAACAGUCAGCAGGGUGUGCAGUCAUCCAGUUUUUAUGAGACUGAGCAGGUCGAAUCCUCUCAUUUUAUGGAGGAUAAAGAGCAGGAAGAAGCUUUGUCCUUGGACAGGAGUAAUGCUGUUGCAUCAGAUUACAUGCUGGAUGCUCAGGAUCUCAAUGAAUUUUUAGAUGAAGCUUCUUCUCCAGGGGAGUUUUCUGUGUUUUUGUUACAUAGGCUGUUCCCAGAACUCUUUGACCACAGAAAAUUAGCUGAAAGGUACAGCUGCUUUGGAGACUCUGGAAAACAACUGCUGGAUCCUCAUCGGCUUCAAAUAAUCCGUAAAUACACUGAAAUUUACUUUCCAGAUGUGCAAGAAGAAGAAGCCUGGUUGCAGCAGUGUGUUCAGCGAAUAAACGAUGAGCUCGAAAAUACAUAUAUGGAUGGAAGUGAAUGUGAUCAGAUCAGAGACGACUGUUACGACUCUUCUAGUUUACCAGAUGACGUAUCGAUCAUAAAAGUGGAAGACAGUUUUGAAUAUGAAAAACCUGGCAGACGCUCAAAAAAAAUUUGGCUUGUACCCAUAGACUUUGACAAACUUGAUUUUCCCCCUCCUGAUUUUGAUGUCCCUGUCCCAGAUUACCUGUUGAACAAAGAACAGAUUAAAAGCAUAUAUGAAAGCAGCCUUUCCAUAGGCAACUUUGCCUCUCGAUUGCUGGUUCUCUUAUUUCCUGAACUGUUUACUCAUGAAAACUUAAGGAAGCAAUACAACUGUAGCGGAUCUUUAGGCAAGAAACAGCUCGACCCCACUAGAAUUAAAUUAAUUCGACAUUAUGUGCAGAUACUGUACCCCAGAGCAAAGAACGACAGAGUGUGGACGUUGGAGUUUGUUGGGAAGCUUGACGAGAGGUGUCGACGAAGAGACACAGAGCAAAGGCGCACAUACCAGCAGCAACGGAAGAUCCACUUGCCGGGGCCCGACAGGAGGGAGUUUCUCAGCUAUGCAAUAAACCCCGAGAGGUUUCGAGAAGAAUUCGAAGUGCCACCGCUGCCCCCAGAAAGAAGCAGCAAGGAUUUUUGCAAGAUACCGCUCGAUGAACUCGUCGUUCCUAAUCCAGACUUCCCUGUGCCUUCUCUGUAUUUGCUGUCUGACAAGGAGGUAAGAGAGAUAGUGCAACAGAGCCUGUCAGUCGGCAACUUUGCUGCCAGGCUUCUCGUAAGACUCUUCCCCGAACUCUUUACUCCAGAGAAUCUCAGACUGCAGUACAACCAUUCAGGUGCUUGUAACAAAAAACAGCUUGAUCCUAUCAGACUGAGACUGAUCCGUCAUUACGUGGAGGCAGUUUACCCUGUGGAGAAAAUGGAAGAAGUAUGGCAUUAUGAAUGUAUUCCGAGCAUUGAUGAAAGGUGCCGGCGUCCUAACAGAAAAAAGUGUGAUAUACUGAAAAAAGCAAAGAAAGCAAAAAAGUGACAGGCUCUUUUAAGUUCCUAAAGACUUUGACCACUAAAUUAUUGUCAGGAGGAUGCUUUGUUUUAGACUGAGGGGCCUGUCGGGCGCUGGGGGUGCUCAGCAUCUAGGACGGUCAGGCGCUAAGGCUGUUGCGUUUUACUGUGUGUGUUGCAUUUCUGUGGGCACGGCAGCGGUGGGAAGUGGCUUACUACAUUUGUACGUGGGUAAAGACCUUAAGUCAUCAGUGACAGAGCUAUCAAUGACUCGCCGAGAGCGUGGUUUUCACUGGUGCAGAUACAUGUGUUGAAGCCCAUUUGUUCCACUCCCCGUUUCUGCAUCUUCCAGUUUUUAUUACUUUCUAAUGCUAAAGAUGAUUUGUUUUUACAUCACUGUGCUCUUCAGGGGCAGUUUUUCAUUAUACCCUUAUAAACAGUCUUGUUAGUUAAUUUGGAGUUUGAAAUUUGAACUUAAUUUAAAUUUGAAAGUGCCAUAUUCAUUGGAAUAUUAGACUUUGCUUCUACAGUAUUUGCAGCUUCACAUUUGUUUUGUUGUUGAUACUGAAAAUAAUGCUACUGUGUCAAAACAUGAAUCAGAAAGGUGUCCUUUGCAUUCUUGCCUGUUACCCAUGUUUUAGUUCUAAAACCAAGAAUUAAUUAACUGUUGAAGGAUUGAGACUUGAGCAUAGAGGGAAUAUUAUUAUUCUUUGUAAAGUGGACACCAGAUGCUUGAUCCUGCCCCUGUGAAUUCUUUUUUUGUUUUGUUCAGUGUCACUGCUGGCAAGAUUGAGGAUGGCUCAUCUGAAUAAAGCCAGCAGAGCAGACCAAGCAGAGGCCUAUACCCGAGGAAUGUCUUGCCAUCACCUGCUUGCCACUCUUAUUUGUAAAAUAACAAAGACGACAACAAGACCCAAAAGAAGAACUUAAAAAAAUUUUAGACCUUACUUUCUAUCGAAAUUGUGAUUCCAGAUGUUUCCACUAUUCAUAUUGAAUUGCAUAUACAAAAAGUAUGUGCAAAGGUCGGUUUUGUCAUGGAAAUCAGUGUUUCAGGGUCCCCACGCAAGAGCUGUGGUGAUGUAACUUAUUCUUCACAUGAAUGCAGCACCAUCUGGAUAUUUCAGGUGUAGGGAUAUUGAAUUAAAUAUUUGAUUGCCAAAUUAAUUUAGUGUAAUUGGUAGCUAUUUGGAGGCAUAACUAUGUAUGUAAACUUAGGUUCAUGCAGUCAGGUUUGCAUCAUUAAUUGUUCAAGUCUAACAAAGACCACCCAGAACCCAAUGUGAAUUUGCUGUAUGACUUGUCACUGGAGAGUGCUGCUUUAAAAUUGUAUUUUUUUUUUCUUUUAAUACUGAUAGAAAUGGUGAGAGAGAGUCAAACGUGGAUUUUUAAGACAGUAAAGACAGUGAUCACUUACUGACCAUCACUGGAACACCUUGGAGCAAUUAUCAGUGUUCUCUGUGGUCCUUUUUUAUUGUUUACUUAGAUGGGUCAUAGUAUCAAAUUUUAAGUCAGUUCCAGUGUAAUUUGCUAUUUUAGCAUUUGUAAGAAAGUACAAAAUACUUGGUAUUUUUACUUCAGAUUUUUAGAAUUUGUUGUUCUUAGAGUCAUAUUGAUCCCUUUCUUUUAAAAGCAAAACAAAACAUUUCUUCCUAAUGACAAGAGCCAGUAAAAGUAUUACGUUAAACCAGGAGUAUUGUAGCAUUUGCUCAUUUUCCCCAUAUGCUAGCCACAUUCUUGAAGAAUGUACAAGGAAAGUAAUGAAUGUACUAAAUAAUACACUGAUACUCUCUAUAUCCGUUAAGUGUUUCCUGUUGGUUUAAAUAAUAGCAGAUCAUGCACAGGAUCUGUAUCAGAGCAAAUAUGGCUAUAAUAAAACGAGAACAGUUUACCAAAGAUAAAGAACUGAUACCACGAUGUCUGCAUCUUAUAUUUCAUUUUAGUGCAUAAAUUUAGCAAAUUGAAUGUAUUGGAAACCAAGACUUUCUCUUGUAAUUGUAUGCUACCUAGCACCUCUGUGAAAUUUUUUACAUGCACUUUUAUGGGAGAUAUAAAGUACACAGAAAUUAUUAAUAGCUGCUUCAUUUGUUGUUGCGAGUGCCUGGCCAAAUGGCUGGCCAGAAGGUAAGAACGAUAUUUUCUUAUCUUCAUGUCAUACACGUUUCACCACUUAGUGAUAUUAAAGCUCCCAGAUAAAUUCGAUAUAUAUUACAUUUCUUUACAGUUGACAGAUGUUACUAGCUAGCAUGCAAAUUGGAGACACAUUGGCUUUUACUGUAGAUGUUGACGAUAAGUAGAAAAAUUGGUCCAUUCGUAUUACCUACUAAAUACUGAGAAAACAAUUUUCACCCUUUAAAAUUUGGUAUAGAAAGAGUUUCGUUGCUGGGGUUUUUUUUCUUUUAACUUCUGUCUAAUUGCUGUGUACAUUCCUUCUAUCUCACUCUUCAGAACCCUUUCACGAUCCGUGUGAUUGUAUGUUUUAUAAUAUCAAGAAAACAAAGACAUAUGAAUAGUGACAUCGUUCACUAAUGAAAGCUCUUGCAGUGCAUCUGAAGUACAGCCACUUCACCCAGUUGGUCAGUCUUGUAAAUAAAU